AGCUGUGAGUAGCCAUUUCUAUUCACACAUGGACACAGGCACAUGCUAUAUUCAUCCUCUAGCUGGCAAUCGUACUAGAUGUUUAAAACUUUCAUCACAAUUGUAUUACAUCAUCUAUGAUCCAUUCCAAUCACGAUUCAGGAGACAUAGCACUGAAACAGCCCUGGUGUGUGUGUGUGUUAAAUGAUCUUCUGAUGGCAAGAGACAGAGGCGACUGUUCAAUAUUAAUCCUUCUGGAUCUCUCGGCAGCAUUUGAUACCAUGGACCAUGGGCUUCUGAUUGAGCGUCUGAUACAUUUUUGUGGACUGGAUGGCACAGUCCUAAAUUGGUUCAAAUAAUUUCUCACAGGCAGGUCACAGAGAGUAUCGUCUGGAUUAUACUCAUCACCACCAGUGCCAUUGCCAUGUGGUGUCCCACAAGGUUCUAUACUAUCCCCCAUGCUUUUUGCAGUAUACAUGCUCCCACUGGGUGAAAUAAUCAGGCGCCAUGGCCUGGUCUACCACUGCUAUGCAGAUGAUACACAACUGUACUUGUCCUUUGCUCCGGGCACUGAUAACCCAAUAGCAACCCUAAAUGGCUGUCUAGCUGAGCUACAGGAGUGGAUGAGUGCUAGUUGGCUGCGACUGAACCCGGAUAAAACAGAGGUCCUUAUGAUAGGACCGCAAUUAUCAAAGGACAAGACUGCAGCAUAGCCAACCAACUGGACUUACACUCGGGGAUUCAGAAUUACAAACCACUGAUCAUGUGCGGAAUCUUGGCGUUGUCCUGGAUGGUGGCUUGACACUUAAACAUCAGAUAUCAGCCACAAUCAAAUCCUCAUUCUUUCACCUGAGGAACAUAGCCAGAAUCAAGCACUUAAUUCCCCGAGAUGAUCUGCCAAUAGUCAUCCACGCAUUUGUAUCAUCUCGAUUAGAUUACUGUAAUGCCCUCUGCCUUGGUCUCCCAGCAAAAGAAUUGCACCGCUUACAGCAGGUGCAAAAUACAGCUGCCAGGCUGUUAACCAACCAGCCCCGUUCUAGCCACAUAACACCCAUACUCUACUCCCUUCACUGGCUGCCUGUAAGAUGGCGAAUCAUCUUCAAGAUUGGCUUACUGAGUUUCAAAGCAUUACAUGACCAGGGCCCAAGGUACCUGAAGCAGCUUCUGACCCCAUACUGCCCCACUCGAUUACUGCGAUCUGUAGAUGAAGGACUUUUAGCAGUACCUAGAAUCUCCCGUAAUUCAUCUGGGGGUCGAGCUUUUAGUCAUGCGGCUCCGACUCUAUGGAACUCACUUCCCAGCACAGUGCGAGAGGCCCCAACUAUAGAAUCCUUCAAAAGUAGACUCAAGGCUUUCCUUUUCACUCAAGCAUUCCCAUAAUUGUCCCUUUAGUAUCUCCAUGCCUCUGUAUUUUAUGAAAAUCUGUUCUGUACUUCAUUAUUUUCUCUAACGUCCUAGUGGAUGCUGGGGACUCCGUAAGGACCAUGGGGAAUAGACGGGCUCCGCAGGAGACAGGGCACUUUAAGAAAGAAUUUGGAUACUGGUGUGCUCUGGCUCCUCCCUCUAUGUCCCUCCUCCAGACCCCAGUUUGAAUCUGUGCCCGGACGAGCUGGGUGCUGUUUAGUGAGCUCUCCUGAGCUUGCUAUAAGAAAGUAUUUUGUUAGGUUUUUUUAUUUUCAGAGAGAUCUGCUGGCAACAGACUCUCUGCAGCGUGGGACUGAGGUGAGAGAAGCAGCCCUACUCACUGAAGAUAGGUCCUGCUUCUUAGGCUACUGGACACCAUUAGCUCCAGAGGGAUCGUACACAGGAUCUCACCCUUUGUCGUCCGAUCCCGGAGCCGCGCCGCCGUCCCCCUCGCAGAGCCGGAAGACAGAAGCCGGGUGAAAGAAGCAAGAAGACUUCGAAAUCGGCGGCAGAAGACUCCAGUCUUCAAACUGAGGUAGCGCACAGCACUGCAGCUGUGCGCCAUUGCUCCCACACUACACCCACAUACUCCGGUCACUGUAGGGUGCAGGGCGCAGGGGGGGGCGCCCUGGGCAGCAGUUAGGACCUCUUGGCAAAGUGGGCAUAUAUACAGUUGGGCACUGUAUAUAUGCAUGAGCCCCCGCCAUAAUUUUACACAGAAACGCGGGACAGAAGCCCGCCGCUGAGGGGGCGGGGCUUCUUCCUCAGCACUCACCAGCGCCAUUUUCUCUCCACAGCUCCGCUGAGAGGAAGCUCCCCAGGCUCUCCCCUGCAGAUUCACGGUAGAAGAGGGUAAAAAGAGAGGGGGGGGAAAACAUAAAUUAGGCGCAAAAACAUUAUAUACAGCAGCUACUGGGUUAACACUAAGUUACUGUGUGAUUCCUGGGACAUAUAGCGCUGGGGUGUGUGCUGGCAUACUCUCUCUCUGUCUCUCCAAAGGGCCUUGUGGGGGAACUGUCUUCAAAAAGAGCAUCCCCUGUAUGUGUGGUGUGUCGGUAUGCUUGUGUCGACAUGUUUGACGAGGAAGGCUAUGUGGAAGCAGAGCGGGAGCAAAUGAAUGUGGGGUCGCCGCCGACGGCACCGACACCUGAUUGGAUGGAUAUGUGGAAGGUUUUAAAUGAUAAUGUUAAUUCCUUACAUAAAAGGUUGGAUAAAGCUGAAACCUUAGGACAGUCAGGGUCGCAGCCCAUGCCUGAUCCUAUGUCGCAGAGGCCGUCAGGGUCUCAGAAGCGCCCACUAUCCCAAAUUGUUGACACAGAUAUCGACACGGAUUCUGACUCCAGUGUCGAUUGCGAUGAUGCAAAGUUACAGCCUAAAUUGGCUAAAGCCAUCCGUUAUAUGAUUAUAGCAAUAUAGGAUGUGUUGCACAUCACAGAGGAAACCCCAGUCCCUGACAAGAGGGUUCAUAUGUAUGGGGGAAAAAGGCAGGUGGUGACCUUUCCCCCGUCACAUGAGCUAAAUGAGUUAUGUGAAAAGGCUUGGGAAUCUCCAGAUAAAAAACUGCAGAUUUCCAAACGGAUGCUUAUGGCGUAUCCUUUCCCGCCAACGGACAGGUUACGCUGGGAAUCCUCCCCUAGGGUGGACAAAGCUCUAACACGCUUAUCCAAGAGGGUAGCCCUGCCGUCACAGGAUACGGCCACCUGCGGAUAGAAAGCAAGAGGGUACCCUGAAGUCCAUUUACACACAUUCAGGUACCUUACUAAGGCCGGCAAUUGCGUCGGCCUGGGUGUGUAGUGCUGUAGCAGCAUGGACGGAUAUCUUAUCUGAGGAACUUGAUACCUUGGACAAGGAUACUAUAUUAAUGACCUCAUAGGCGUGCGCAGCACAUUUUAUUAGGGGGUGCACUAUUGGAGGGGUGUGUCUAUCACCGCCUUUUGGGCAUGUCUAGCACCAUCUAUUGACUGUCAACGUAAUAUAAAAUAUCCACCCUUGUACCAAUCCUAAUAAUGCAGAUGCAUUGUCAGAUGUUGUGGUGUGCACCAAGCUGCACUCACUGCAGUUACACUGCUUCUCCUCAGCCUGGUCUGGCUCACCCUCUCUUUCCCCUGCAAGCUGCAGUCACUCAAUGACACUGACAGUCGCAGACUAGUUACUGCUACAAAAACGCGUUAUGUGUCAAUGCUGCUGCCGACCGCCUGCCAGUAUUGAAUUUGUCUUCCUCAUCAGUGGCUGGCGUUGGCAUAGAAUAGAAGGAGUGAGGUGGGCGUGUGAUGGGUGGGCGUGCGAGCAGCAUGAUGUCAUCACAUCACAUCACGCUGUUUUUGUACAUUGAGGUGGAGCCGGGAGUUUGAAAGCCAGUGGCAGUGGCACCCUUGAUUAACCCAGGUGUCCAGUCAGUAAUGCAGUCCUGACAGGGUGCAACGCAGAGGGGACAGUAAUGAGCCUGCUCAACGAUCACUGCAUCAGGCAUGUGAGAUCGGAUUGCCGGACAUUAGGGGGUGCCUGUGCGCACCAGGCACCCCCCCUGCGCACGCCUAUGAAUGACCCUGGGGCAUAUAAAAGACGCUGUCCUAUAUAUGAGAGAUGCUCAAAGAGACAUUAGCCUUCUGGGCUCUAGAAUAAAUGCAAUGUCGAUUUCUGCCAGAAGGGUCCUGUGGACUCGGCAAUGGACAGGCGAUGCCGACUCAAAAAGGCACAUGGAGGUUUUACCUUACAAGGGUGAGGAGUUGUUUGGGGAGGGUCUCUCAGACCUGGUCUCCACAGCUACUGCUGGAAAGUCAAAUUUUUUGCCAUAUGUUCCCUCACAACCUAAGAAAGCACCGUAUUACCAAAUGCAGUCCUUUCGAUCACAAAAAAGCAAAAAAGUCCGAGGUGUGUCCUUUCUUGCCAGAGGCAGGGGUAGAGGAAAAAAGCUGCACAACACAGCUAGUUCCCAGGAACAGAAGUCCUCCCCGGCUUCUACUAAAUUCACUGCAUGACGCUGGGGCUCCACAGGCGGAGCUAGGCCCGGUGGGGGCGCGUCUCCGAAAAUUCAGCCACAAGUGGGUUCACUCCCAGGUGGAUCCCUGGGCAAUAGAGAUUGUGUCUCAGGGAUACAAGCUGGAAUUCGAAGAGAUGCCCCCUCACCGAUACCUCAAAUCGGCCCUGCCAGCUUCCCCCUUAGAGAGGGAAAUAGUAUUAGCUGCAAUUCACAAAUUGUAUCUUCAGCAGGUGGUGGUCAAGGUUCCCCUCCUUCAACAAGGAAAGGGUUAUUAUUCGACCAUGUUUGUGGUACCGAAACCGGACCGUUCGGUCAGACCAAUAUUGAAUUUAAGAUCCCUGAACAUAUACCUGAAAAGGUUCAAGUUCAAGAUGGAAUCGCUCAGAGAGGUCAUCACAAGCCUGGAAGGGGGGGAUUUUAUGGUGUCUCUGGACAUAAAGGAUGCAUACCUUCAUGUCCCCAUUUAUCCACCUCAUCAGGCGUACCUCAGAUUUGUGGUACACGAUUGUCAUUACCAAUUCCAGACGUUGCCGUUUGGUCUCUCCACGGCACCGAGAAUAUUUACCAAGGUAAUGGCGGAAAUGAUGGUGCUCCUGCGAAAGCAAGGGGUCACAGUUAUCCCAUACUUGGACGAUCUCCUCAUAAAGGCGAGGUCCAGAGAGCAGUUGCUGAUCAGCGUAGCACGCUCUCGGGAAGUGUUACAACAGCACGGCUGGAUUCUAAAUAUUCCAAAGUCGCAGUUGAUUCCUACGACUCGUCUGCCCUUCCUGGGCAUGAUUCUGGACACAGACCAGAAGAGGGUUUAUCUCCCGACGGAGAAGGCUCAGGAGCUUAUGACACUGGUCAGAGACCUCUUAAAACCAAAACAGGUGUCGGUGCAUCACUGCACGCGAGUCCUGGGAAAGAUGGUGGCAUCAUACGAGGCCAUUCCCUUCGGCAGGUUCCAUGCGAGGACCUUUCAAUGGGAUCUGUUGGACAAGUGGUCCGGAUCACAUCUACAGAUGCAUCGGCUGAUCACCCUUUCCCCCAGGGCCAGGGUGUCUCUUCUGUGGUGGCUGCAGAGUGCUCACCUUCUCGAGGGCCGCAGAUUCGGCAUUCAGGACUGGGUCCUGGUGACCACGAAUGCAAGCCUCCGAGGGUGGGGGGCAGUCACACAGGGAAGUAAUUUCCAAGGUCUGUGGUCAUGUCAGGAGACUUGCCUUCACAUCAAUAUCCUGGAACUAAGGGCCAUAUACAACGCCCUAAGUCAAGCAGAGACCCUGCUUCGCGACAAAUCGGUGCUGAUUCAGUCAGACAACAUCACCGCAGUGGCUCAUGUAAACCGCCAAGGUGGCACAAGGAGCAGGGUGGCGAUGGCGGAAGCCACCAGAAUUCUUCGCUGGGCGGGGAAUCACGUAAGAGCACUGUCAGCAGUGUUCAUUCCGGGAGUGGACAACUGGGAAGCAGACUUCCUCAGCAGGCACGACCUCCACCCGGGAGAGUGGGGACUUCAUCAAGAAGUCUUCGCGCAGAUUGCAAGUCGGUGGGAACUGCCACAGGUGGACAUGAUGGCAUCCCGCCUCAACACAAAGCUACAGAGGUAUUGCGCCAGGUCAAGAGACCCUCAGGCGAUAGCUGUAGACGCACUAGUGACAACGUGGGUGUUCCAGUCGGUUUAUGUGUUUCCUCCUCUUCCUCUCAUACCCAAGGUGCUGAGAAUCAUAAGAAAAAGAGGAGUGAGAACAAUACUCAUUGUUCCGGAUUGGCCAAGAAGGACUUGGUAUCCAGAGCUGCAAGGAAUGCUCACAGAGGACCCAUGGCCUCUGCCUCUAAGACAGGACUUGUUGCAACAGGGGCCCUGUCUGUUCCAAGACUUACCGCGGCUGCGUUUGACGGCAUGGCGGUUGAACGCCGGAUCCUAGCAGAAAAAGGCAUUCCGGAUGAGGUUAUUUCUACGCUGAUAAAAGCUAGGAAGGACGUGACGGCUAAACAUUAUCACCGUAUAUGGCGAAAAUAUGUGGCUUGGUGUGAGGCCAGGAAUGCCCCUACGGAGGAAUUCCAGCUGGGCCGUUUCCUUCACUUCCUACAGUCGGGAGUGACUUUGGGCCUAAAAUUGGGGUCCAUUAAGGUCCAGAUUUCGGCCCUAUCCAUUUUCUUUCAAAAAGAACUGGCUACUCUACCUGAAGUUCAGACGUUUGUAAAGGGAGUGCUGCAUAUUCAGCCCCCUUUUGUGCCUCCAGUGGCACCUUGGGAUCUUAACGGUUGAGUUUCUUGAAGUCACACUGGUUUGAGCCACUUAAAACCGUGGAGUUAAAAUUUCUCACGUGGAAGGUGGUCAUGCUAUUAGCCUUGGCUUCAGCUAGGCGUGUGUCGGAAUUAGCGGCUUUGUCACAUAAAAGCCCCUAUCUGGUUUUCCAUAUGGACAGGGCAGAAUUGCGGACCCGUCCACAAUUUUUGCCAAAAGUGGUGUCAUCUUUUCAUAUGAACCAACCUAUUGUGGUGCCUGUGGCUACUCGUGACUUGGAGGAUUCCGAGUUACUAGAUGUGGUCAGGGCUUUGAAGGUUUAUGUAGCCAGGAUGGCUAGAGUCAGGAAAACUGAGUAGCUGUUUAUCCUGUAUGCAUCCAACAAGCUGGGUGCUCCUGCUUCAAAGCAAACUAUUGCUCGCUGGAUCUGUAACACGAUUCAGCAGGCUCAUUCUGCGGCUGGAUUGCCACUACCAAAAUCAGUAAAAGCCCACUCCACAAGGAAGGUGGGCUCUUCUUGGGCGGUUGCCCGAGGGGUCUCGGCAUUACAGCUUUGCCGAGCAGCUACUUGGUCAGGUUCAAACACUUUUGCAAAGUAUUACAAGUUUGAUACCCUGGCUGAGGAGGACCUUGUGUUUGCUCAUUCGGUGCUGCAGAGUCAUCCGCACUCUCCCGCCCGUUUGGGAGCUUUGGUAUAAUCCUCAUGGUCCUUACGGAGUCCCCAGCAUCCACUAGGACGUUAGAGAAAAUAAGAUUUUACUUACCGGUAAAUCUAUUUCUCGUAGUCCGUAGUGGAUGCUGGGCACCCGUCCCAAGUGCGGACUUCUUCUGCAAUACUUGUAUAUAGUUAUUGCUUAAAUAAGGGUUAUGUUAUGGUUGCAUCAGGGUUGAUCUGAUGCUCCGUUGUUGUUCAUACUGUUAACUGGGUAAGUUUAUCACAAGUUAUACGGUGUGAUUGGUGUGACUGGUAUGAGUCUUGCCCUGGAUUCCAAAAUCCUUUCCUUGUACUGUCAGCUCUUCCGGGUUCUCUAACUGAGGUCUGG